AUGCCGAUCCGGACCUACCGGACGGAGGAGGACCUCCUGGCGUUCUUGAAACUGAGUCAGCUGCAAUCAGGGACGAUGAUGCAGAUGGAUGUCAGAGGCGCGGUCGUGUUCCUCGGGGACGACGAGAAAAACUUGCGCUAUGAAAUCCGGUGGCAGGGAUCCAUUGACACCUCCUCGCUCUUCUCCCCGUAUUCCUACAACGGAUACGGCUGCAACUAUUAUGAAUAUUUGAACGAUUUCAUCCCCAUCGAGCUGCUCGUGAACAGUGCCUGGAUCAGAGCCAAGAAGAGUUGGGGUCCAGCUGAUUUGAAUUUUUCCGAACCGAUCUUCAGGGAGGCUCUGACGGCGGUACGACGGAUGCCACGCCCAAAGUACACGGUGGAUCGGUCAAACUAUGACUUGUUCGGGAUCGUCAUGGCGAUCCCCUUCAUCGUCGUCGCCUGCUAUCUCUUCUCGAUCCCGGUCCAGCAUCUCAGUGUCGUCCGGGAGAAACAAUCUGGGAUCAAGUUCCUCCUCUUCCUCCUCUUCCUCCUCUUCGGCCUCGCCUCCCUGGGAUCCGGCUAUCUCGUCACCACCUUCUUCCGGAGACUGUCGCUGACGAUCCCGUUCGCGAUGAUCGCGACGGCUGUCACCUUGGUCGCCCCCGUCUUCAGCCUGGGCCUCCUCGAAGACUCGGCAGCCGCGAUGGCGCUCGCCGCGGUCGCCGCGCUUUGCCUCCUCCCGGGCGUGGCGAUCUUCCUUGGGUUCAGGAUCGUCGCGUACUUCGAGGAAAGAGGUUCCUUCUCCUGUCUGUUGCUGAUGUACGGCUUCGCCGCCCUUCCCUUCGCCUACGUCUUCAGCUUCCGAUUCAAGAACAGCGGGGCGGCGUUCGCGGUCCGCACGCUCGUGGAUGUCUUUUUCGGGGUGUCGUUCUUGGCGGUCGCAUUGAUUUUCGAGUUCGAUAAACUUUUUAAGAGCAUUGCACCGAUCAUGAAGGUCCUCGGGGGCCUGUUCCCAACCUUCGGUUUCGGCCACGGCAUCUUCAACCUCAUCGACCUGGCCUACAAGAACGCCCGAUGCAAGGCCAUCGGAGACGACAUAUUGAAGUUCUUGUGCUCCAGCCNAACGGCGUUACGACUGAUGCCACGCCCAAAGUACACGGUGGAUCGGUCAAACUAUGACUUGUUCGGGAUCGUCAUGGCGAUCCCCUUCAUCGUCGUCGCCUGCUAUCUCUUCUCGAUCCCCGUCCAGCAUCUCAGUGUCGUCCGCGAGAAACAAUCUGGGAUCAAGGUAUGCUCUGGGAUCAAGGUGUGCACCUGGAUCAAGGAGCUGAUGAAGAUGAUGGGGAUGUCACGGACCCUGUAUUGGCUGAGCCACUUCGCGAACGGGACCCUGUCCGUCCUCUUCAUUUCCAUUCUGGCGACCGCGAUCGUCGGCGCCGACGGAUACAUCCUCCAUUCCGACAAGUUUCUCCUCUUCCUCCUCUUCCUCCUCUUCGGCCUCGCCUUCCUGGGAUCCGGCUAUCUCGUCACCACCUUCUUCCGGAGACUGUCGCUGACGAUCCCGUUCGCGAUGAUCGCGACGGCUGUCACCUUGGUCGCCCCCGUCUUCAGCCUGGGCCUCCUCGAAGACUCGCCAGACGCGAUGGCGCUCGCCGCGGUCGCCGCGCUCUGCCUACUCCCCGGCGUGGCGAUCUUCCUUGGGUUCAGGAUCGUCGCGUACUUCGAGGAAAGAGGUUGGUGCUCUCGCGAAAACGUCCGGAAAUCCAGGAGACGGGCUGACUUGGAAGAACCUCUUCGAGCAGCCUUUCUUCAGGAACGAGAUGUCGAUGGGUGUCGUCUUGCUCAUGUUGUUGGUCGACAUUGUCGUCUUCCUCGUCGAUUUCACAAUUUCGCAGGAGACGGGCUGACUUGGAAGAAUCUCUUCGAGCAGCCUUUCUUCAGGAACGAGAUGUCGAUGGGUGUCGUCUUGCUCAUGUUGUUGGUCGACAUUGUCGUCUUCCUCGUUCUGACCGGGUACAUGGACACUGUCAGGCCGGGGAAAUACGGCCUGGCCGAGCCGUUCUACUUCUUUCUCAAACCAUCGUUUUGGUGCCCGGCAAAAAAAUCCAAGAGCGACUUGGAAGAGACGGGGAAUUCGCCGAGCCGAGGACAAUAUUUCGAGGAAGAUCUCCGGAGUCGAAAAGCCGGGAUCGAGAUCGUAAACCUGAGGAAAGUGUUCCGGACGAGCCGUGGCCGGAUGGCGGCCGUGGACGGCCUUCUGGUCAUGCCACGAGCGCUCACGAGAACAGCAUUGGAUGAUUUUGCAGGGAUGUAUUCGAUGACGGGGGGCACGGCGCUCGUGAACGGCUACGACAUCCGCCACAGCAUGGACAAAGUCCGGGACAGCCUUGGAUUGUGCCCUCAGCACAGCAUGCUCUUCCCGGAACUCAGCGUGAGAGAGCACAUCCUCCUCUUCGGCCAGUCUCGCUUCUCUCCCUCACCGAUCGGUUCCGUGCAGCUGAGGGGCCUGACGAGGAAGGAAUCCAUGGGCGUCGGCAGAGGAUACGCCGACCGCUUGUCGCUGCCACUGGGAGACGGGCUGACUUGGAAGAACCUCUUCGAGCAGCCUUUCUUCAGGAACGAGAUGUCGAUGGGUGUCGUCUUGCUCAUGUUGUUGGUCGACAUUGUCGUCUUCCUCGGUCUGACCGGGUACAUGGACACUGUAAGGCCGGGGAAAUACGGCCUGGCCGAGCCGUUCUACUUCUUUCUCAAACCUUCGUUUUGGUGCCCGACGAAAAAAUCCAAAAGCGACUUGGAAGAGACGGGGAAUUCGCCGAGCCGAGGACAAUACUUCGAGGAAGAUCUCCGGAGUCGAAAAGCCGGGAUCGAGAUCGUGAACCUCAGGAAAGUGUUCCGGACGAGCCGGGGCCGGAUGGCGGCCGUGGACGGCCUGAAUGUAUUCGAUGACGGGGGGCACGGCGCUCGUGAACGGCUACGACAUCCGCCACAGCAUGGACAAAGUCCGGGACAGCCUGGGAUUGUGCCCUCAGCACAGCAUGCUCUUCCCGGAACUCAGCGUGAGAGAGCACAUCCUCCUCUUCGGCCAGGUUCGCUCAUCCCGCCGCCAUCCUUCUCCCAGUCUCGCUUCUCUCCCUCACCGAUUGGUUCCGUGCAGCUGAGGGGCCUGACGAGGAAGGAAUCCAUGGGCGUCGGCAGAGGAUACGCCGACCGCUUGUCGCUGCCACUGGGUUCUCUGGCUCGGAAUCUAUCAGGCGGGAUGAAGAGAAAACUUUCCCUCGUCAUUUCCCUCAUCGGCGAUACGAAGGUAGUGAUCCUGGACGAGCCAACAUCAGGACUGGACCCCGAGGCUCGCCGAAUCGUCUGGAACAUUCUCCAGUCGAGUUAUUCGCAGGAAGAGAAACGGGAUCGAACGAUUCUUUUGACGACCCAUUACAUGGAGGAAGCGGAUGUGCUGGGCGAUCGCAUCGCGAUAAUGGCCCACGGUCGGUUGCAAUGCGUCGGGUCCUCCUUGUUCCUGAAGAAGCACUAUGGGAUGUAUUCGAUGACGGGGGGCACGGCGCUCGUGAACGGCUACGACAUCCGCCACAGCAUGGACAAAGUCCGGGACAGCCUUGGAUUGUGCCCUCAGCACAGCAUGCUCUUCCCGGAACUCAGCGUGAGAGAGCACAUCCUCCUCUUCGGCCAGUCUCGCUUCUCUCCCUCACCGAUCGGUUCCGUGCAGCUGAGGGGCCUGACGAGGAAGGAAUCCAUGGGCGUCGGCAGAGGAUACGCCGACCGCUUGUCGCUGCCACUGGGUUCUCUGGCUCGGAAUCUAUCAGGCGGGAUGAAGAGAAAACUUUCCCUCGUCAUUUCCCUCAUCGGCGAUACGAAGGUAGUGAUCCUGGACGAGCCAACAUCAGGACUGGACCCCGAGGCUCGCCGAAUCGUCUGGAACAUUCUCCAGUCGAGUUAUUCGCAGGAAGAGAAACGGGAUCGAACGAUUCUUUUGACGACCCAUUACAUGGAGGAAGCGGAUGUGCUGGGCGAUCGCAUCGCGAUAAUGGCCCACGGUCGGUUGCAAUGCGUCGGGUCCUCCUUGUUCCUGAAGAAGCACUAUGGGAGCGGCUACACCUUAACGGUUACGAAGACAUCGGACUUUCAAGAGGGGAAAGUCCUAUCCCUUCUGCAAAAUUCGUGCCCGGAAGCAGAGCUGAAGAGCAGCGCAGGCAGCGAAGCAAGUUAUAUGUUGCCCUCCUCGACGACGCACGUCUUCCCUACGGUCCUCGAAACGCUGGAGAAGACGAAGGUCCAGCUCGGCAUCCGAAGCUUCGGCAUCUCCGCCACCACCCUCGAAGAAGUCUUCCUCAGGUUCCCCAUUCGGUCAGCUCGAUGCGGGAUGGAGCAAAGGAGGCAGAUUGAAGGAAAUUUGUCUUCAGGGUCGGAGAGGGAGCAGACGCGAAAGGAGACAUCGGGCAGACUCGAGCCGGUCCGAACGACAUCCAUCAUGCCAGCACCUCCAGCCAUCAUACCACUGGGCCUGGUCCUUGGCGCUCUGUUCAUCGACAAAGCCUUGACGGCCCCAGAUCCAGAGCCUUUCUCGUUGGACAUGAACGUGGGCGUC